CAACACUUCAUUUUCUCUUCCUCUUUGCCCACUCUUUAGAGCUUCUGUGUCCAUUGUUUUCCUUCUUUCCAUCUGGAAUUAUAGAAUGGCUGUUACUUUCUCCGAUCUGCACACGGAAUCUGGCCUCAAGGCCCUAGAUCAGUUCCUCUCAGGCAAAUCUUACAUCUCUGGAAGUCAUCUGACGAAAGACGACGUUAAGGUAUAUGCCGCUGUGUUGGAGAAGCCGAAGGCUAAUCUUUACCCCAAUGCCAGCAAGUGGUAUGAAGCUGUUUCUGCAAAGCUUGCACCCAGCUUUCCGGGGAAGGCUCUUGGAGUAAGAAUUGGAGGCCAAGCCGCAGAAGCUGCUGCUCCUGCUGCAGACGCUAAGGCUUCUGCUGCCGACGAUGAUGAUGAUGAUCUUGACCUCUUUGGUGAUGAGACGGAGGAGGACAAGAAAGCCGCAGAACAGAGGGAGGCUGCAAAGGCAUCCACUAAGAAGAAAGAAAGUGGAAAAUCAUCCGUCCUUAUGGAUAUUAAGCCCUGGGAUGACGAGACUGACAUGAAGAAGUUGGAAGAAGCUGUUCGCAGCAUUGAGAUGCCAGGCCUCUUGUGGGGAGCAUCAAAAUUGGUUCCAGUUGGUUAUGGAAUUAAGAAGCUUCAAAUCAUGCUUACCAUAGUUGACGAUCUCGUCUCGGUCGACAAUCUGAUAGAGGAGUAUCUCACUGUCGAGCCUAUCAACGAGCAUGUCCAGAGUUGUGACAUUGUUGCCUUCAACAAGAUCUGAGCUUAAAUGUUCUUCAGGAGGCUACUCUGGCCUUAAUUUUGUUUUUUUAAUUAGUUCAUUUUCAUGUUUUUGUUUUUACUAUUUUUGUAUUUUAGCAAGUCAUAUGGAUACCUCAAAGCUACACCAUUUGCAUGUCUUAAUUCGGUGAUAUGGGUUUGCUACAAUGAGAACCACUUACGAUUUACCAGUUCUCUUUGCGACUUCUCAA